GUGCAAUAAUAAACAAACAAAAGCUGCACAGUCCACAUAAGGCCUGCGCCAACUAGCUGUAUAAAAAGUUAAAACAAAGACGAAGACCAAGAACACAGCCAGCUAUGCAGAUUAUACUUUACUUGCUUCUUCCCAAAUGCAUCCUUGCAUUGCUGGACCUCAAAUUCCCAACUCAACCGUUGCCAACUCCAAUCACAGCCUCCUCCUCCGACAUCAUCGUCUAAAGCAAGAAAACUUGCUACAACGACGAUCGCCGCCGGCGAGCUCAUUCAACCAUGUGCGGCUGCUGCGAUGACUGCGGCGACAGGUUCUGCUGCUGCAUCCCCUACGGCGUCCGGGAGGACAUCAAGGGCUGCCUCAUCCUCCUCGCCGUCGUCAUCGGCCUCGCCGUCGUGGCCGGCGUGGUCCUCAUCAUCAUCAUCUUCGGCGGGCCGCUCCGCCACAUCAAGAUCACCGUCGAGGACGCCUCCCUCACCCGCUUCGCGCUGGUGACGUCCCCGCCGGCGACGACGGCGCUCGCGUACAACCUCACGGUGGCGCUGACCGUCCGCAACCCCAACUGGGCCAUCGGCAUCAAGCACGACAAGCCGCUGGAGGCGGCGUACACCUUCGACGGGCAGCCGUUCGAGCGCGUGCAGGUCGCCGACAAGGGCGGCAAGCUGGGCGCCAGGAAGACGGUGGUGUACCGCCUCGCCUCCGGCUCCGAGGGCCGCGCCGUCGCGCUGGGCAACGCCGGCGAGGCCGAGUUCAGGAAGGAGAACGCCACGGGGGUGUUCGAGGUGGAGGUCGCCGUCACCGGCAAGUUCAAGUACACGCUGCGCAAGACCAAGUGCAAGAUCGAGGCGACGUGCCCGCUCAAGCUGCAGCUCGUCACGCCGGGGGCCACGGCCGUCGUGUUCCAGAAGGUCGACUGCAAGCUCGCCAAGUCGGACGAUAAGUAUUGCUAGAGAUGGCUCGAUUUUAAUUUGGAAAGUUCGUUGACGUAUUGGUUUAAUAUGUGUGUUUAUUUUAAACUUGUAUCCUUCUCCAAAAUUCAUUCUUUUGUUUGCGAAUUGUGUAUGGACAAGAUUUAUUUGCUUUCGUGAAAUUUGUCGCGAUGCGAUUGAAGCA